GGCCGCAACAACGUUCGAUGACCCAGAGGGGGCUCGGGGAGCAGAAGAGCCCCGUACGAUGCCGCCUCUGAGGUGUGGGAUCCCGCCUUCCGCCCUCACAGGCCAUGGCGGCGCGGGCGGCGCGGGGCACGCCGGGAGGGGCGGGGCGGGCCCGCACAGCCCGUGAGGUGGAGCAGCGGCCCCGGCCCGGCCCGACCCGGCGGCCCGAGGGAGCCCCGGCGCCGGCACCGCCGCCAUGUUCUCGUUUAAUAUGUUCGACCACCCCAUCCCCCGCGUGUUCCAGAACCGCUUCUCCACCCAGUACCGCUGCUUCUCGGUGUCCAUGCUGGCCGGGCCUAAUGACAGUAAUUAUGCCACCAUCGGCUUUGGAUCAACUCAGCCGCCUGAACAUCACUUACCCCAUGCUGUUCAAGCUGACCAACAAGAACUCGGACCGCAUGACGCACUGCGGCGUGCUCGAGUUCGUGGCUGACGAGGGCAUUUGUUACCUGCCACACUGGAUGAUGCAGAACUUGCUGCUGGAAGAAGGAGGCCUGGUGCAAGUGGAGAGUGUUAAUCUGCAGGUUGCUACUUACUCAAAAUUUCAGCCACAGAGUCCAGAUUUUCUUGACAUCACCAAUCCCAAAGCUGUAUUAGAAAAUGCAUUGAGAAACUUUGCCUGUCUGACGACUGGGGAUGUUAUUGCCAUCAACUACAAUGAAAAGAUCUACGAGCUGCGGGUGAUGGAGACCAAACCGGAUAAGGCCGUGUCCAUCAUCGAGUGUGACAUGAAUGUGGAUUUUGAUGCUCCUUUGGGGUACAAAGAACCAGAAAGAAGUGCACAACACGAAGAGAGCACAGAUGUGGAAGCAGACCAUAGUGGAUAUGUGAGUGACAUAGGAUUUCGUGCAUUCUCCGGUUCUGGGAACAGACUGGAUGGCAAGAAGAAAGGUGUGGAGCCUAGUCCCUCACCAAUUAAACCAGGAGACAUCCGAAGAGGAAUUCCCAACUAUGACUUCAAGAUUGGUAGAAUCACAUUCAUUAGAAACUCACGUCCGCUGGUAAAGAAAGUCGAAGAGGAUGAAUCUGGAAGCCGGUUUAUUGCCUUUUCAGGAGAAGGCCAGUCCCUGCGCAAAAAGGGAAGGAAGCCCUAGGCUGUGGUACCUUCAGUUAGUUAGGAGGAAAAUAAAGUAACAGUUGCAGCAUAUUGGAUCUUAGUUAUUGCAGUUGAGAGGAGAGAUCGUUUUGCAACAUAGGAACCCUCUUACUGGUUUUGGUUUCAUGUUUAAAACCGGAGCUGUCAGACUGUCUUAAUUUUCAGUUGAAAAUUGAGUCCUGGGAAUUUGGAAGGAGCUUUUUGUAUGUGUUGUAAAGAGGUGAAUGUCGAUCUCUGAUCAACCUGAGAAGUAAAACUAACAAGCUCUACUUUA